AUGUUUAAAACUUGGUCUAUUUUUAUCUCUGCCUUUUAUUCCCGCAGAUUUUCCUCUAUUACGUAUAAUGCUACCAAAGUUUCUAUUCUUGGUGCAGCAGGUGGUAUUGGUCAACCAUUAUCACUUUUACUAAAAACAAAUCCUCGAGUUGGCCAUUUGGCACUUUAUGAUAUUCGUGGUGCCCCGGGUGUUGCGGCAGAUUGCAAUCAUAUCAAUACACCUUGCAAAGUUGUUGGAUAUGGAGAAGACGAUGAUGGAUUAAUUAAAACCUUGAAAGAUACGGAUAUUAUUCUUAUUCCAGCAGGUGUUCCUCGAAAACCUGGUAUGACUAGAGAUGAUCUUUUUGUUACAAAUGCAUCAAUUGUUCGAGAUUUGGCAAAAGUAGCUGCAGAUGUUGCUCCUAAAGCUCAUCUUCUUAUUAUUUCUAAUCCAGUUAAUUCUACUGUACCCAUUUGUGCCGAAGUAUACAAAAAGAGAGGUGUUUAUGAUCCCAAAAGGCUUUUUGGUGUAACUACUUUGGAUGUUGUUCGUGCAUCUCAAUUUAUUUCGGAUAUGAAAGAUAUAGAAUCAAAAAAUGAACAUGUUCAUAUAGUUGGUGGGCACUCGGGCGUUACAAUCGUUCCAUUAUUGUCACAGACUUCGCAUAAUUUUACUGAUCAAGAAAUUAAGUUUCUAACGAAUCGUAUCCAGUACGCUGGAGAUGAAGUUGUUAAAGCAAAAAAUGGUUCAGGUAGUGCUACAUUAUCAAUGGCAUUUGCUGCAUCUCGCUUUACUGACUCUCUUUUACGGGCUAUGUCUGGAGAAAAAGGUAUUAUUGAACCAACAUAUGUAGAGUCACCAUUGUUCCAAGACAAAGGUUGUCAUUUUUUUAGUACAAAUGUUGAACUUGGGCCCAAAGGAGUUCAUAAUAUACAUCCACUUGGAAAUAUUUCUUUGUAUGAAAGAGAACUUCUUGAGCUUUGUUUUCCAGAGCUUUCAAAAAAUAUCGAGAAGGGAAUCAAGUUUGUUGAGGAAACAUACUAA